AUGUCUGAACUACCAGUCGUUAGGAACGACAACGGAACACCCACAGAGCACACGUCUCAAGACACCAGCUACAGUGGCGACAAGACCCAGCCCACAGAAGACAUAUUGAAUGCUUUGAAUGCUCUCAACCCGAAGGCGAUCUUGGAAGCGACUCAAAACGGGCACGAGCCUGCUCUUGCACAAGAUGAUAAUGCUGGCCAAGAUACCGAUACCCCAAUGGACCCACCGUCUGAGUGGCACGUGCUACGCGAGAAAUUGCGUGAACAUCCCCAUGACCCGGAAGGCUGGAACUACCUCGUCGACAUCGCUGAAAAUAGUGGUGAUCUUGAACAAGUCAAGCAGACCUACGAAGCCCUGUUCGAGACGUAUCCCAACACGUCGUCUGCCCAAAUUGCCUAUCUCAACCACUUCUUGAGUCCAGGACUGUUCCAGUACGCCGAGGAAUUGUUCAAGCGCUUCUUGAGAACUUCACCAUCAGUUGACCUCUGGAAGUUUUAUAUAACAUACGUCAGACGCGUAAAUACGUCGCUUACCAGCCGUGAAGCCGUCAGUCGAGCUUAUGAAUUUGCACUCAAUCGCAUCGGACAAGACAAAGAUAGUGGAGAGAUUUGGUAUGAUUACAUCCAAUUCCUCAAAGCCGGCGAGACGAAUACUACUUGGGAAGAACAACAAAAGAUGGAUGCUUUGCGUAAGGUCUAUCAUAGGGCAGUUCAGAUUCCCCUCGAGAAUGUGGAGAAGUUGUGGUCUGAGCUUGAGGCUUUCGAGAACGGGCUGAACAAGAUUACGGCUAAAAAAUUUAUGUCUGAUUUGUCUCCGUCUCAUAUGCAAGCCCGAACAGUACUUCGACAAUUACAGAGACAUCUCGGUCCGUUGUUCCCACCUCCACCUCCGUCUUCUUCGACCCGGCCAUCAAUUUAUCUACCGCCUGCACCAACAUUCAACGCAGCUGAAAGAGCACUUGUGGGAGCAUGGAAAACUUAUCUCAAGUGGGAAGAGAACAACCCGCUCGAAUUUGAAGAUAAAGAUAAAGCCACGUUGGUAUCGCGUGUCCAGCUUGUUUAUCGCAAGGCAGUCAUUCGCAUGCGAUUUUAUAGCGAGAUUUGGUACAUGGCGUUUGUGUGGACAAACAGCAUUGGUAAGCAAGAAGAAGCGCUAAACAUCUUGAAGGCCGGCAUCGAAGCAAAUCCGACUAGUUUCCUCCUUAAUUUUGCAUAUGCUGAGCUGCAAGAGGGGCGCAAGGAAUACGCCGAAGUUAACGCUACUUUCGACAAACUUAUCGACCGUCUGCAUGUGCAACUCGAGGAACUUGAGGCCCGGGUGAAUUCGGCAUCUUCGUCAUUCUCGUCUGAUAUCACUGGCCGUUCUGUGGUUACGAGUGUUCCUAGCUCAAUAACUCCGGGACUGACAGAACCAGGCACUGUGUCGAACAACUCGUCUUUUGCCACCCAGAAUGCUGAUGAGAAACCUCCCAAGUCCAAAGAGUUGCAAGAACGCCGGUCUGAAUACGGUCUUGUGUGGAUUAUGUACAUUCGAUACGCGCGCCGAGCUCACGAUCUCAAAACUUUCCGAGCGGUAUUUGCGAAAGCCAGGAAAGACCGGUGGACACCCUGGGAGGUUUAUGAAGCUGCAGCACUAAUGGAAUACCAUUGCAACAAAGACGGUGGUCUCGGAGUGGCGUGUCGUAUCUUUGAAAAAGGUCUGGAAAGUUUCGGUGACGAGAUUGAGUUUGUUUUGAGAUAUCUUGGUUUCUUGAUAUCGGUCAAUGAUGACAAUAACGCACGAGCGCUUUUCGAGCGUGUCAUUACCGCGUUUAGCCCCGAUCGGGCACGACCAUUGUGGGAAAGGUGGGCACGUUACGAGUAUCAGUUUGGUGAUCUCGAGGCUGCGCAAAAACUUGAGAAACGUAUUGCCGAAGUCUACCCAACUGACCCUCCUAUCAAACGAUUUGCUCAACGACACACGUACCUGGGUACCGAUGCCAUUGCAGCAAGGGAUCUCGGGUUUGCCAUGGCAGCCCGCCAGCCUGCGGCGGGAGGUAACGCUGCCACAUCGGCGGCAGGGCUUGAGAGACGCACUGAGUCGCUUCAAUCCAUGGUGCCAUUGUCGCAUGUGCCUCAAGCGCAAACAUCCAAGAGACACUCGACGCCGGACCUCAAGCGCAGAGAGGACUCAGUGAAGCCUGACUUUGGACCACCGUCCAAACGUCAGAGGCCCUUGACACCCCCGCGUGAGCGUGAUCGAGACAGGUCGGCUGGGCCGCCCCACCGGAGACGCCUUGCAAGCCCAGCUGGAUGGGAGAAGGAGCGAGACCGAGAACUUGGACACCUCAAGAGGGACCGAGACGAAGACAAGCCAUCUCCGUUGCCUACAGUCUUGUCGUGGUUCGUUGGGCAGUUACCUAAUCCGGCCGCUUUUGAUGGUCAGUACUUGACGACGUGUGAACCGUCGCCUUUUUUGUGUUACAAUGGGAAGAACGAUGUCAUUGAUCGCGCGAACCAUUGUUUCCCCUUUGCAGGUCCGAUAUUCAGGGUUGAUGAUUUGAUGAUGUUGUUCCGCAAUGCUGUCAUUCCGAGUGCUACGCGGAGGGCGACCCCGCCACCGCCACCUCCACCCCCUCGCGGAACUGGCCGUCCUCCUCCAGACUAUGGCCCGUAUCAAGGACCCGGAGGUAGAGGUGGACGACGAUAUUAAAUGUACUAGUGUCGUUGUGUCUCUCGAAGAACCUUUCUCUUUGAAUUUUCCCAUCACUUCCAAAUACUAAGUUCUAUUAGUUCUGCACUGUCAUCAAUACCGUAGCAUAUAUCAACAAAAAAACCUCUUGCUU